AUGGGGGACGAGUAUCAUGAAUCCUCACUCACCGCGGCUGAAGGCGGAGCGGCAAAGGAGAGCUUCGCGCUCACGGUGAAGAACAAUUUCGAGAGCCUCCAUCAGCGAGGCUUUGCUCCCAACGACGCUGCAGCGAUGGCUCUGAAGGUCGCCAUGGGGAAAGCGGAGCUCCUGGCAGCAAUCUCCAAGGCGCGUGCCAGCAGGGCAGCGAGGGCCAGCAGUGCAGCCCAGGACAGCCACCACGUGGCAGAGCUGAUCCCCAAGGUGCUGUCGUCAGCAGACGCUGUGAGCCUCGUGUUCCUCGCCAUGCCAGAAGGGCUCUCCAAAGGCAACCUGCUGGGAAUUGACUCGACGACUGUGAAGCUGUUUUAUGACGGAGUGGCGAAUCUGGGCGACGAGGUGGCAGCAGCAGUGGUACGGGCGAGCGAUCGGUUGCUCACAGAGCUGGCGCAAGCCAUGCCCUCCGCGCCCUCCUCCACUCUCGCCCACCACCUCCCCACCCCCCCACGACCCUCCCGCCCUCCUGCCCUCGUCCCUCUCCCUGCACCCGCAACUGCUACCACCAUCACUACCACUGCUGCAACCCCUUCCAUUGCUGGGAGUGAGAGGGAUGAUGCCACUGCCACAGCUACUGCCACCACUGCUACCACCACUGCUGCCACCACUGCUAGCAAUGCUAUGGAAGUUGAUACCCAACCUGCACUGCCGUCAACUGCCGCUGCUCCAUCUUCCGAAAACCCGGCCACUGAAGCCCCCGCGGGUGCAGCAGCUGACGUGGACACAGGUGCAGCAGGGGCGGUGGGGGCAGGUGCAGGUGCAGCGUCAGCAGCAGCAGCAGCAGCAGCAGCGGCAGGAGCAGCAGCAGCAGCAGCAGCAGCGGCAGGAGCAGCAGCAGCAGGGGCGUCGGGCAGUGCGAAGCGCAAGGUGGACUCGCUGGCAGCCGCAGCGGCAGAAGUGGGUGCAGGGCGAGACACGGAGGAGCCGUCGCCAGGCUUCAUGCGCUCCCUGCUCUUCUUACUGGACAGCCCCUUCCUCAUGGAACCAGAGAACCAUCCGCUGUACCGCCGCCUGUGCAAGUUGCUACUGGACCUGCCGCCACUGCCCCGCCAGCAGCUCAUCUGCACCCUCGCCAGCUACGAGCGCGGGCAUCUACAGCAGGUGGUGGAGACGGCGCAGCAUGUGAUCACCAUUCAGCUGUACGAGACCCACCGCCUCGUUGACACUGUCAAGCUCGCCACCCGCGUGCUCGGGAUAUUCUUCUCUGCGAACGAGAGGGGCCAUCAGCUGCCACACUCAGCAUUUUACAACGAUGCCAUGAACAGCGACGAGUUUGUGGACCUGGAGCAGGACUACACCAAGUGGAAGCACAGAGACAGGUACUUAGACCCAUUUACUCUCUGUGAGCAUCCGUACAUUCUAGAAGCAGCCAGCAAGGCGGCAGUGCUGCAGGUGGAGUCGCGGGUGGAGAUGUCCCACCGCUUCCAUGAUGCACUGCUAGGCAUGGCGCUCAGGGGGCUCUCAGGCGCGCACGUGGGCAACCCCUUCUGCGUGCUCAUUGUGCGGCGAGAUCACAUCGUGGAAGACGCCAUCCUGCAGGUGCAGCAGCACGCAGGGGACUUGAAAAAACCACUCAAGGUGAAGUUUGUGGGCGAGGAGGGCGUGGACGAGGGCGGCGUGCAGAAGGAGUUCUUCCAACUCAUCAUGCGCGAUAUCGUUGACGCCAAGUUUGGCAUGUUCACGUACAACGAAACGACUCGAUCCUUCUGGUUCAGUGCAUCGCCCAUCGACAUGCCCCUCGAGUUUGAGCUCGUCGGCACCGUGCUGGGGCUCGCCAUCUACAACGCGCACAUCCUCGAUAUAAGCUUUCCCCUUGUCGUCUACAAGAAGCUCCUCGGGAAGAAGACCUGCCUGGAUGAUCUCGCUGGAGUGGACCCGGACCUGCAUCGAGGGCUCAAGGGGCUGCUCGCAUUUCAGGGCAACGUUGAGGAGGUGUACUCGUGGUGCUUCGAGGCGUCGUACACAGACGUGUUUGGCUCGCCCACCACCGUGCCGCUCAAGGAAGGCGGCGAGAACCUUCCUGUCACCAACAGCAACCGGGAGGAGUUUGUGGACCUGCUGGUGGACUUCCAUCUGAACAAGCUGGUGGAGCGUCAGUUCGGCCCGUUCUCUCAUGGCUUCCUGCGCCUGUGUGGGGGGCGAGUGCUGAAAAUGUUCCAACCUGACGAGCUCGAGCUGCUCAUCUGCGGCAGCCCCGUGUUUGACUUUGAUGAGCUGGAGAGGAAUGCGCGGUAUGAGGAUGGGUACACCAAGGAGUCUCCUGUGAUUAAGAACUUUUGGAAGGUGGUGCAUGGGCUAGGGGACGCGGAGAAGAGGAGUCUACUGGCGUUUGUGACGGGGUGUGACCGCGCGCCCAUCAAGGGUCUCGCCUCGCUGCCCUUUGUCAUCUCCCGAGCCGGUCCUGACUCGGACCGGCUACCAACAGCGCACACAUGCUUCAACCACCUGCUGCUGCCCGAAUACUCCAACAUUGACAAGCUGCACACGCGGCUACUCACGGCCAUCAACAACGCACAGGGGUUUGGGCUCAUGUAG